CGAAUGAAGAAGGUUACUUGUAUAUUGAGAAAAACUUGAAUCUGUGAACAAAAGCACAAAACCCUAGCGAUAGAUCGAAAGGAUUGAAAAUUUGAAAGAUGAGUCGUGGAAGCGGAGGUGGAUAUGAUCGUCACAUUACGAUCUUCUCUCCCGAAGGUCGUCUCUUCCAAGUAGAGUAUGCGUUUAAAGCUGUUAAAGCUGCUGGAAUUACUUCGAUUGGUGUCCGAGGAAAGGACUCGGUAUGCGUUGUAACUCAGAAGAAGGUUCCGGACAAGCUUUUGGAUCAGACUAGUGUUACACAUCUGUUUCCGGUUACUAAGUACCUUGGGUUAUUAGCAACUGGCAUGACAGCUGAUGCAAGGACCUUGGUUCAACAAGCAAGGAAUGAAGCUGCCGAGUUUCGUUUCAAAUAUGGAUAUGAGAUGCCUGUUGACGUAUUGGCUAAAUGGAUUGCAGACAAAUCACAAGUUUAUACUCAACAUGCCUAUAUGAGACCUCUUGGAGUAGUCGCUAUGGUUUUGGGUAUUGAUGAUGAAUUUGGGCCUCGGCUCUUUAAGUGUGAUCCAGCUGGUCAUUUCUUUGGUCACAAGGCAACAAGCGCUGGAUCAAAAGAGCAAGAGGCAAUAAAUUUCCUAGAGAAGAAAAUGAAGAAUGAUCCUGCAUUUACCUAUGAGGAGACGGUGCAGACAGCAAUUUCUGCCCUGCAAUCUGUUCUACAAGAGGACUUCAAGGCGAAUGAGAUUGAGGUUGGAGUUGUGAGGAAGGAGAAUCCUGUGUUCAGAGUAUUGUCCACAGAGGAGAUUGACGAACAUUUGACUGCAAUAAGUGAGCGUGAUUAAGUACCGGUCAGAAUCUGAAAAUGCAUUCGGGUAGUGAUUCAGAUUUUAUAAAUUGCAAGAUGAUUUUUCAUUCUAGUAAUCAUUAGACCUGUUCUUAAAGCAGAUUGCCUGAGGUUUAAUUGUGCCAGAGACCCAGAAGGGUUCUUGCCCUCUUAAUAUUUUUUCUGUGAAAUUCUUGGCCUCCUAAUGUUCUAUAUAUUGUUGGAUUACAAGAGAUUGAAUUUAAAUCAGGUAAGGCCAUGCACGGAAUGGAUUGGACCUUGUUUUUGUUAA